AUGAGGUUUAGCAGCAAGGAGAAUAGAAGUCUUGAGCAGCUCAAAAAUGAAUUACUGUCAGAAAACCCUAGUAUAAGAAUUCAUACGCAUCAAUUAGAUGUACGUGAUAAAUCCUCUGUAGAUUCGUUGGUUCCAAGCUUACCGACGGAGUUAAAAGAGAUCGAUAUUUUGAUAAAUAACGCCGGAUUGGCUAUUGGAAUGGAUAAAAUUGAAGAUAUUUCCUCGGAUGCUAUCGAUACAAUGAUUGACACCAAUGUUAAGGGUUUGUUAUAUGUUACCCAAUCUAUUCUUCCAGGAAUGAAAGAACGUCAAAAAGAUCAUAUAAUUAACAUUGGAUCUGUGUCAGGAAAGCAGGCUUAUGCAAAAUGGCAGUGUAUAUUGUGCAUCCAAGCAUGCUGUCAACGCUAUUUCGAGAGCUUUACUUCAAGGGUUGGUGAAUAA